AUGGUGGCAUUUGAAGAUCCAAGUUUGAUUCCCUUCCUUCCAUCAGGAUUCGCCAUUCUUCCAGAUGGGCCCACAGCCAGAGGACUUUCAUCAUCACAACCUGCUCAUUCUGGAGGAUCUCUCUUGACUAUUGCACUUCAGGUGUUGCUUAACUCAGCUCCAAAUGCAAAGCUAUCUAUGGUAUCAUUUUCGGUAGCCAGCAAGCUUAUCAGCUCCACAGUCGACAAAAUAAAACAUGCACUGCUCCCCAAGACCUCACAGGGGCUGGGAACAAGGAAGGUAGAUUACAAAGAAAACAACAGGAUGGAGAUGACCAUUCCCAGAUGCACAGUCUCAAAAGAGGCAGGUAAGGAGGAACAGCUCUAA